CCACGACCCCGGGACAAAGCUGUCACGCGGCGCGCCGAGGGCGUGGCCUGGGAUCCCCGGGGAGGGGAGGGCUCCGUGUGUCCUUGGGUUGAGAGGGGAGGUGACAUCGCCGAAGAGGAGGACGCACAAUGAGGGCGCUGCGGGUCUCCCAGGCGCUGGUUCGCUCUUUCAGCUCAACUGCCCGGAACCGCUUCCAGAACCGAGUGGCUGAGAAACAGAAACUCUUCCAGGCGGACAAUGACCUCCCGGUGCACCUGAAGGGCGGGGGAACGGACAACAUCCUGUACCGAGUGACCAUGGGGUUGUGUCUGGGGGGUGAGUGCCGGCUGCCACCGCAUGAGCUGCUGGGGGAGGAGGCCGGCUCGCGCUGCUUCCCAGGCUGAGGCACUGUCUAUAGCCUGUACUUCCUUGGCUGGGCCUCCUUCCCUCAUAAGAAGUGAGACCAAGAAGCCUGGAGAACCUGAACAAGCAUCAAUAAAUGUGCUGGCUUUUUGGGGAACCCAG